GGGUCCUGGGGGCUCUUCAAGAUAUCAUCUACCUGAGCCAAGAUGUUCUUUGCUGGAAUUCGGAGCCUGGUCUCUACGCCCUGGACAUGGGGAUCCUCCUUAUUUCGGACAGUUGUAGCAAAUUACCCAGCUCUUUCGCUAAUGGAGUCCCGCGGCAUGGCGACCCUCAAUCAGAUGCACCGAGCCGGCCGACCUAAGCGUCCUCCUCGCAAAGUGGGACCUUUGGGUGGAUGUCCUCAGCUGAAGGGCGUUGUCCUAAAGACCAUGAUCCGCAAGCCCAAGAAACCCAACUCCGCAAACCGCAAGUGCGCCCGUGUGCGGCUCAGCAACGGCAAGGAAGUAGUGGUUUUUAUUCCAGGUGAAGGGCAUAAUCUGCAGGAACACAGCAUUGUCCUGGUGGAGGGUGGUCGCACGCAGGACCUUCCCGGGGUGAAACUCAAAGUAGUCCGGGGAAAAUAUGACUGCGCCCAUGUGAAGAAAAAGCAGUAAUGAGUGUUGGCCAACCUGUUAUUUCUUGCCAACCAGUUCCUGUGCCAGAGGAGGACACGUCAACCUGUACAG